AUGAAAAACACGGUUGUGUUUUUCUCAACGGUUGAAAUGACCAAGGCAAAAAGAGACCAGAAAGGAACAACAUUCGCCUUGCUUACGUGCCAGGUCUUAAAUUCGCUUGAGAAGGACGAGAGUCUAAUAAAUGUGCUGACAACUAUUCAAUACGAGAGCCACAAAGUUGCAGUCAAAGAGAAAAGUGGACAAACUCCCGAAGUAAAGAUGUUUUCUCAGGACAGAAGUUUUGUAUUCUCAAAAAUUUCUACCAAUGACUCAUCUUCAUCGACAAUUGAAGCAAUGAGCAUAAAAAAUAAAAGGAAACGCGAGUUUUACUCGUGGAAGUCAAGCUCAGGGGAAAACUUGCGUCACCGUCUUGCGUUUCUAAUUUCCGCAAAGCCUAAUAAUGCGCAGUUCCAAGAAAUUAAACGAGCGUUGUACCAAAACUUAAACUUUGAGACCAACGAAAGGAUGCUGAGAGGAAAGCCAUGGACGUCCAUAAAUGAAGCCUCGAGGAUUGACCCCGACAUUGGCUGCAUAUUCCUCAUAUUUUUUGGUUUUGUGAGUGAAAACAAGGACACGAAUGAGGUUUGCGUAGAAGUGGACGGUAGAGACACUACAGUAUCUGAAAUACUGUUCGAGUUCAUCGGGCCAAAAAAUGACCAGUGGAUUGGAAAACCGAAAAUAUUAUUCCUUGUGAAUCAGGAAACGAGCUCAUUUGACGCAAUCGGAUCAACACAGCAGCCCAAAAUAAUAGCAACGAACCACAGUGGCUGGUUAGUCCUAGUUCUACACAACAAAGAAGAACUUCAAAAGCUGAUCGAAAUCUUCAAGGGGCAAGAGUUGAAAAAGGAGAGAAGUCUUCAGGAAGUGCUCGCAACUCUGCUCAUUUCCGACUCAAUCGUAAAUAGGGAUAUGCUUAACUCGACGCUGCAGUAUCUUCUCAAUUUUCCCGACUGGCCCAGGUCUUUUGUUAAACUUAACUUUUUAGUGACAAAGACUAAACAAUCUCGACAAGAGCGCGUCAGCUUCGACAGCUUGGUGAAGGAAUCAGCAAGAAAAAAACAAGUCUGGCUUUUGAGUUCAGUCGCAGGAACAGGAAAAACGACCAUCCUCAGGGAAAUAGCUUUUCAGCUCGGAAAACUGAAUCCAGAAUUGAAAAUUCUACGCGUUGCCCUCCAGAGAGUUUUGUUCAACAGAGAUCUCAGGAACGCGACUGAGAUAAAAUUUCUCGCAACAGUCACUCACAAUUCGCAGGAGGAUAUCAAAAAAAGCAUAGAAAAUGAUAAAUGUGCUGUGAUUUUGGAUGGGUUCGAUGAAAUUCGUCCAGAAAACCAACAAAAAGUGCUGAAAGUAAUCGAAGCUCUAGAAAAGAAGCAGGUGUUCGUUUGGGUUGGAACGAGACCACAAGAAGCAAAAACAAUCCAAAAGUGGACACCAAAAGCUGUUUUGGUAGAGAUGGAUACCUUGAAUGUAGGGCAGCAAGUUGAGUUGUUGAAGCUGGAGACGGGCAAGAGUCGAGAAGAAUGUGAACUAUUUAUCAAGAACUUUAAAUCAGAGGACAUCUUACAAAAUCCUCUGCACCUUUCUCUGGUUGCUAAGUACGAGGUCGAAGGAAACUUGUACCAAAUCUACGACCAGGUUGUGCGACAGAAAGUAGAAGAUUCUCUGGUCAAGGAGGGAUUUGACAAAAACAAUGAAAACACAUUUCCCGGGAAAUUAAAGGUUGCUUUGGACAGUCUUCGACAGAUAGCAAGUUGCAAAAUCAGAAGAGUUGAACUUAAUGGUGAAAAUGGAAAAGACCUUGAAAAAAUCAACUACUAUGGCAUUGCCACGUUUCAUCACAACAAUGUUUUUUUCAUUCAUCAGACUUUCGCCGAAUUUCUUGCAGCCCAGCAUUUCCUAAUUGAAAUCGAGGAUAUUGGCGAUUGUGAAUCCCAAACCAGCACUGAAGAUGGUGCAAAUCUAUUUUUCGAGCAAUCGUUUUCGGGGUGCACAAAGUUUGUCGAUCUGUUCUAUUCCACAAUUGUAAAUGACGAGAAAAAGAUUGAAGAGCACAAAGCAUCCUUUCUUAAAGUCAUGAAGUUGAAUCCAGAUAGUUUUUUGGAGUCGAUUGUUUCUGGUCGUUGUAUUAAUAUCUUCAAAAUGAUCUAUCCUAUGAUUGCCUUUUGUAAAACCCAAGGGAAAAAUUGCAUUUCUGCUGAAAAGAAUAAGACUCUUUUUUCCAAAGCAAUCUGUGGUGAGGAAGAAAUUGCAAUCAUGCUGCUCGAAACGGACUUGAUCAACAGUGAUGAUGAAUUGCUAAUUGUUUUACCUUACCUGUUGGAACCAGUAGCAGAAUUCAACGCUACACUCUUCUUUGAGAAGCUGAAGACGAAGUAUCCAAGAUUGCCUGAGAUGAUACACUCUAGAAGAUUUUUUAUAGACGCUGGUGUGGUGGCGGCAAGAAAAAAUUGCUGCGAAAUCCUUGAUCUACUGCUGCAAAGUGGUAUCGACAUCGAUAUCAUACAUGAUAUGGAAGGAAACGCCCUGCAUUGUGCUGUCAGCUAUGGAUCUUUGCAAUGCGUUGAAGUUUUGCUCAAGCAUGGCGCAAAAUUGGCCGUAGAUUGUAGAGAUAACGUUUUUGACCCGCUCAUAUUGGCUGUCAAAGAAAAUCACGUACAUGUGGUCAAAUACUUGUUGGAGGAAACCAUCAGCGGACUGCAACGCAACAAAGAAACUUUCGAAAUCAAAGAAGUGAAGACAAAAUUGAAUGCUUUCCAUUCUGCUAUUCAAGAAGGGCACAUAGAGGUCGCUAAAUUAUUAUUAGAAAAGAGUCCAAGCUUGAAAUAUGAGGAAAAUGACCAUGAUGAGAGUCCUUUACAAUUUUCGGCUAGACGUGGAUGUUUGGAAUUGUGUCAAUGGCUAAUUGACGAAGAAGGGGUGGACGUCGAAACUUUACAACCAAGUGAUGAUAAUUGGUGUUUUUAUAAAGAGAUAUGCUCGGACCAUUUCUUAAUUCUGCAGAAGAGUGACAUGAAUAUGACAGAUGAAAAAGGAAAAACUGCUCUUCACUGCGCUGCGGAACAUGGAUAUCUUGAACGCGUCCAAGAAUUGAUUGAUGCUGAAGCAAAUAUCCGAUCCGUUGACACAAAUGGAUGGAAUGCUUUUCAUUUUGCUUGCAAAUGUAACAGUGACGACCAUAAAGAAAAAAUUAUUCGCUUGUUGCACAGCAAUGACAGUCAACUGGCCAAGGAGAAAACCAAAAGUGGUGAAACAGGGCUGCACAUUCUUCUGAAAUUCAGCAAAUGCCACUCGGUUGAGAAAGUGCGUUUUCUGGUCGAAGAAAUUGGAGUUGAUGCAAGAUCAGAGGACAACAAUGGCCACACUGCGUUGCGUAUUGCAUUUAACGAAGGAAAGGAAUGCGUUGACUAUUUGAUGACAAAAGAUAUCGACCUGGAAGUAAAAAACAAACGGGGGCGAACGUGCCUGCAUUUUGCCGCUGUAAAUGAUGAUUUGGAUGCUCUGCAAACUUGGAAAGAAUUGGGUGGAGAUUUGGAUGUGGUUGACGAAGAAGGAUCGACUGCGUUGCAUUAUGCUGCUAAAAGCGGACAUUUGCAAUUUGUGAAGAAGGUUCUAGCCUGCGCAGCCGAGGCCACCGAAGCCGAAAAUCAAGAUUUUGGCGAGUGUUCUUCUGGAUCCUCACUGAAAGAGAUCGAGAGAGUGAACAGAUGUGACAAAAAAGGAAGGAGAGCACUGCACCUUGCUGCUGAAUCAGAAAAUAUUGAUUUGGUGAAAUGGUUGCUUGAAAACAACGCAGAUUUAACUCUAACGGACAUGGUAGGAAAGAAUGCAAUCCACUACGCCAUCCAAAACGAAAGAAUGUUUCGAUUCAUCAAUGAGAAGAAUGGACAUCUUGUAAACCAACGUUUAAAAGAUGGAAAUACAACUCUUCAUUUGACACUAUACAACAAAGAGGUUGUUGGGUGGAUUUUACAGCAAGGUGACAUUGAUUUAAACGCAAAAAAUAAUUUAGGCGAGACACCUUUCUUAGUGGCUUGCAAAGAAUUGUUCUCGAAUGUCGCCGAAUUGCUGUUGACCAGAAAUGUUGAGGUCAAUGUCUCGGACUCUAGAGGAAAAACUGCAAUGCACUACGCCGCACAUUGGGGAAAAUUGGGUUUAAUGCAGAAGAUGUAUGAGAAAGAUGCGGAUUUGACUCUAACAGACAACGAGGGAAUGAACGCUUUGCACCACGCGAUGCACAACUUUGAGGUACUUUCAUUUCUUCACGAGAAGAACAAUGACUUGUUGAAUCAGCGUUUGAAAAACGGAGACACAACCCUCCAUUUGGCAAUUAGUUUUUACGGGUAUUUCGGUACAACUAACGCAAUUCUCUUCAUUGUUGAACUAUGCGAAAAUUACUGGAAUGAGACAAACAACGAGGGCGAGACACCUCUUCUGCUGGCUUGCAAGGUGAGGAACUGGAUUUUUGCUAACAUUUUGCUGGCAAAAGCAGUUGAUAUACAUGUGAGAGAUAAAAAUGGAAGAACAGCCCUGCAUUACGCCGUGAAUUUGGAUAACCACUUUAUUCCAUGGAGAGAUCCAUAUGCCUUUGAUUUGGUGCACGAGUUGUGCAAAAGAGGCGCCGAUUUGGCUUUGACAGACAACGAAGGCAAGAACGCAUUUCAUCAUGCGAUAACAAACCAUCACAUGGCUCUAUACAUUCAUGGGCUAAAUGGGGAUUUGGUUAAAGAGCGUUUGAACAAUGGAGAUACCUCUCUACAUCUGGCAAUCAAAGUAGACGAAAGAUACAUAAAUGAAUACUUUGUUACUUGGCUUGUGGAGCAAGACGUCAUCGAUUUGAACGCGAGAAAUGCUCUGAACGAAACCCCGCUGAUUCUGGCUUGCAAGGGGAGCUAUCACCUUAGGAAUAUUGUUAAAAUUCUAUUGUCAAAAAAUGUGGAUGUCAAUGUAAAAGACAAUGAAGGGAAACUGGCUCGGCACUACGUAGAACAGUUUUGUCCAAUGCAAAUACUUAAAAAGAUGUAUUAAACUCAAGCGUCAAGCAUUGUCACCAACGAAGAGAAUUAGCGAUAAAUUCUCUCUUAAGUUUGUAAGUACCAGAUUAGGUAAUGUUUUCAUAGCGUUUUUUUGUAAACGGGAUCAUAUAUUAUACUUGAUUUUAAUAUUUUGAAUUCAUUUUAUAUGUUUAAAUUUUAACCACUUUUGUAGAAUAUAAGAACCUUUCAUUUAUAUGGAAAAUUUGUUAAUCGGUGACGAAUAUGAAAAUCAACUGGUUGUUUAGCUUAAGGAUUACACUUGCUGUAGCAAAUAUACCACGAAGAAAUGCGUUGUUGAAGUAAUUAUUCUGAAUUGUGGAAAAUAAUUUUAGAAUGUAAAUAAUUAGAAUGGUGUACUGCUUGAGGCGUCAUACAA